GACUGUAAUCUGGUUGUGUCACUUCUGUUACAGGACUUGUUUGCAUUGGGCUUGUAAACGUGGUCACACCCAAAUUGUGUCCUACUUACUUGCUGCUGGGGCUAAUAAAGACAUCCUGACAAAGAAUGGUGAAAGUGCAGCACAGCUGACGGUGAAACAUGAAAUCCGAGCCAUGUUAGGAGUUGAUGAGGAUUCAGAGCCUGUGGUUAAUGGAGAAUCAGCUCUUCCAUUCCUGCCCAACUACCUGGCAAAUCCCUCUUUCCCGUACGUGGAGAAGCGGGAGUCCAAAAGCUCCCAGGCUCCGGCUGUUAGCUCACUGACUGGCCGUAAACCCUCACUGACAUCCCAGCCACAGAACGGACCACCAGCAGGACCCCCAGCAACUUUCCAGCCGCUGUUCUUUACUGGAGCCUACCCUAUAAACGAACAAGAGCUGGUGUUGAAAGUUCGAAUUCAGAAUCCUGCCAUCAGGGAUAGUGACUUCAUCGAGGUGGAGCUGAAUCGACAGGAGCUCACUUACCAGGCGCUGCUCAGAGUGAGCUGUCAGGAGCUCGGCAUCGAUCCUGAGCAAGUGGCAAAGAUCAGAAAACUGCCCAACACAUUGCUGAGAAAGUGUUCCCAUGAAGCUCAGAGCUGGUGGAACAGCAUCUCACCUUUCGAAAAGGCACUUCAAUGCCUGCCAGACUCCACAUUCAGUUCAACAGCUUCCGAUUACAACCUCUCCUUCCAUUUUUCUGAGCAGCAACUGUUGGAUAAAGAAGUUGCGAGGCUUCAGAAUUUCCAAGAGCUGGAGUUUGUUUUACAGAAAGGUGACCCAACCCUGAGCUCUGUGCCAGUGACUCUGACCGAGCGUCCUUGCUACAAUCAGGGGGCAGCAACACUGACCUACUGAGCCAUGAUGGGACAGCCAGCACGGGCAUUAUCACAGCACUCCACAGGAACUGAACACUGUUGCCGGCUACGAAAGGGCACAAGCCCCACACAGCAGAAUGACUUUGCCAGAUGCUGCGUUGUCUGUAAAUGUUAAUCGCAAUGGCCACUGAAGACUCAGUAGCUAUUACCUUUGGGGAUUAUUGAAAACCUUAAGCUGACUCUCCCUGUGAUGAUAACAAAUGAAAACUAGUUCAUGUAUCAAAUGCACUCCCUCCCCUUGCACCUACGCAGCCCACCCGAGCUGUUCCAGUGAGGCUGUCAGAGCGCAGAGGGCUCAGAAUUCAGGCAGCAGGAAGAAUAUCAGCUGACCCAGCCAGCCACUCUUUCCAAAGCAGGACAUGUCAGGACUGCUGACUUCCAUUGGCCACUCCCCUGUCUUCCUCUGCUGUUUGGACAGGUUCCAACAGCAAGUUGAAAUGGGCAGUCCUGUUGGACAACCUCUUUCAAAGGUAAACCCUGACCACCUUGUCUCCUUAACCUCCGAGCAGUGGAGAUAUAGCCCCUGAGCCUAUCACACCCAAUGUGCCUGGUGAUGACAUAGAGACUGGGGCUAGGAGGCGUGUGCAGUAUGGUUAGAUUGUAGGCAGGAAUCUAAUUCCAACAACGUGGUUCAAAAGACCUGGCACAGCCCUCAGAACCAGUGCACAGCGUUCUCCUACCUUUACAUUUUUACACCUGUCCAGGUAAAGCAGUCAGCGCCCAUUAUCAAAGCUUUGACUCUUCGCUAUCCCCAUUCUCCAAACCUAGAACAUGCUCCAAGUUAGCAAUAUUUUAAAGAAAAGCUUAAAAUGAAAGACUGACCACUUUAUUUUUUGUGAUCAUUGUCCGCCCACUUGUCAGUGAGAAACGCUUCCUGUUCUCACUUCCGGUCUGCUGUUUAAUUCUCUGGAGUUUCUGUUAUUCACAAUGAGUCCCAGAGAAACUUCCCAUUUCCCAACAGAUCCACUGCUGACUCUGACAUCACUUAAGGAACCUAUGCAUUUAGAGAUUUGCUAUAUUUUAUAAACAGCCUUUAAUCUUUAGAUAUUCUUGAGCACUUUUUCUAAUGGUUAUAACCAGGAAUUGAUAUCAUAAUCACUGUAAAAUUAUCAAUAAAAGAAGUAUUGCAUGAA